AUGUGUCAAUACGAGCUCAAGACUUGCAAUGAAAAGAUUGAGAAAUACAAGGAAGUCAGAGAUUGGAUAUCGGACCAAGAACCAGAAGCUAUUCACUACAAUAUACGUUUCAACAGCCAUCUCGACAGAUAUCCAAAUUGUGGCAAAUGGGUUUGGGACACGGAUAAGUUUAACAAUUGGUCAAAUGGAGCCGCAGAAUUCCUAUGGAUCAAGGGCCCCGGUAAAUAUUACAAUAUCUCAACUAUGAUUGUAUUUGUUGACGUUGGCAGCUGGAACUGGGAAAACAACCUUGAUCAUAAUCGUCGCCUUGCAUACUACUACUGCUCAAAAGACGAAACUUCAAGGAACCAGUACCAGAAUGUCCUGAGAGCAUUGCUUGUACAAGCAGCUUAUGAUCCGGUUAGUGGUACCAUCUCUCAGAGUGUAGUGUAUGCUUUCAACGAGAACAAGAAGUUUCUAUCUUUUAGAAAGUGCAAGGAACUGAUUGCCGGAGUCUUGAAGGAUGUCAAGCUCAGGAUCAUGAUAGACGCUCUGGAUGAAUGCGACGAUCCAAAAGAGCUGUUGAAGGUAUUGCGGAAUCUCGCCGAGAUCGCCCCAGGAAGGCUUGAACUUCUAGUUUCCAGUCGACACAGCAUUCACGUCCGUGAAAGGCUUGACCGAGUUGUUGAAGUCGACGUUCAGCAAUUGAUGCCCAAAGCCGAAAUGCUUACAUAUAUCGAAACCGAAAUCAAAGAGAGGAAGACAGAUGAAAGACUUUUGAAAGGAAAGCGCCCAGAUCUCGAGGAUAGACUGAUUGUUAUUCUCAAUGAAAGAGCAAAUGGAAUGUUCCGCUGGGUUGAGUUACAACUCUCCUUUUUCUUGAAGCCGAAAGCUUCUGUUCUACGUCCAGAAACUGUUGAAGAUUAUCUCAACAAGCUCAACAAGAAAACACUUACUGGUGAGGAAGAGCUGUACGCGAUCUAUGACGCCAUCUUUAACCUCAACUCGCUCAACAAUUCCCUGGAGCGCAAGCACGCCAUGAAAAUCCAUCAGAUUCUGAUCCGUUCCCUGGUCCCUGUUACUAUGGAUAUGCUGGUUCAAGCAGUUACCUUUGAUGAAGUUAACUGCAGAGAUAUCGACGAUGUUCAACCCGAUUAUAUCCUUCAGCUCACCCAGGAUUUCAUGAUCGAAACACUACGAAAGACGCUAGAGCUUGCCCAUGUCUCAGCCAUGGAAUACCUGCAACAAUGCAGAGACCUCGACAACAGCUAUCAUCCGCAUAUCGCCACGUCUAAAGUCGAAACCCAAGUCGUCGACGCAAGAAUUUGGAAUCUUGUCGAAAUAGCAAGUGAAAUUUUGCCGACCCAAGAUCAGAGAGACAUUGAACUCCAAACCAGCGAGGGACAAUCACUGCUUCACUUGGCCGCUCAAUAUAACCGCGUUGAGAUUAUUGAGCUUCUGAGAAGCAAACGCGCGGAUCUUGAAGUUGAGUGGAUGGAUGAAACGACACUUGAGGUCGGCGUGGAUUCUCAUUCCCCUGACGCUGCUAGGCAGCUACUGAACGGGGGCGCCGAUCCUAAUCACCACACUCCGCUGGCAAUCGCGACAGUUCAACGUCAAAAAGAUCUAGGCCCAUUGCUACUCUCGCAUGGUGCCGAUCCGAACUGUAUCGAUGAUUCGGGUUUUACACCGUUGGCCUUAGCCCAGCUUAUUUCCGACUGGGGGAUUGAGAGUCUACUGCUAGCGAACGGUGCUAGACCGGAGAAAGCUGCCUUCGCAUAUGUCGAGAUUUGA